AUGUAUGCGCAUCCUCCGCCGCCCAAAACGGUCAUUGUGUUCAGGAACGGAGAUGCUUUUUACCCCGGCCGAAAGUUUGUUAUCAAUCAACGCCAGUCAUACACUUUUGAAAGCUUUCUGAACACUGUCACUCGAGGCAUCACAGCUCACUUUGGGGCAGUGCGAAAUAUUUACACCCCUAACAAGGGUCACAGGGUGGCGAAUCUGGAGAAGCUGGUGCAUGGAGAGAUAUAUGUGGCAGCCGGAGCAGAGAGACUCAAACAGAUGGACUAUCGUCACAUAACAACACAGAAACCUCCAAAAAAGAAAAGUGAACCGAUCCAACCUGUAGUUCACAGCAGAAUAAUUGUCCCAGCUCGAUGGAAGAGAAUCAGUAAUGAGUCGUGCAUCAUCAAUAUCUUUACCAAUGGAGAUAUCUUGGUUCCUCCAGCACGGGUGCUGAUUCCCAAACACACGCUUGGUAGCUGGGAAAACGUGUUGGCCAUGGUGACCGAGAGAGUUCACCUUCGCACUGGAGCUGUGCACAGAUUGUGCAUGCUGAAUGGGAGGCCUGUACGUGGAUCGUAUGAUCUGCAGAACAACCACUAUUAUGUUGCUGUAGGGAGAGAGAGGUUCCGGUCUUUGCCAUAUCAUCUGGCCCCAAGCCAGGGAGUAAUCCACGAUAUUGCCGAUGUGGUCAACAAUGGCAUUCAUCCAGUUCUAAAAAAAGAUAAAGAAGACCGAACUUUGUUUGCAAAACCAGGAGUGGACAGCACCGGCUCCGUUUUUUACGCCAAACAGCCCAGGCAGGGAUGGAAAAUCCCAGAUCUCUUUGCUACGGCGGAAAAAAGUGUCUUCAGAGCCACAAACAAAACGAAGGAGGCAGUAGUAGCAUCUGAAGUACUGGAAGAUGAAAAUAUGAAGGUUGAUCUUCCGAUUGAACAGAUGGAAGUAAGAGAAGUUGAGGAGGAACCAAACUCCUACAAUGACUUCAAAAACCAUCAAAAUGCAGCUUUAUCAACAAGGUCAUCCCCUUCUAGAACCAAUAAGAUCUCAGAAUAUACCUCGAGUAUGAAGGAGUCAAGAGACCUCCAACCCAACAGCCAUGGAGAGAGCAAGGACCAGUCAUUAGAUCAACAAGAACCAAAAGACACCAAGGGGGAGGAGAUAUCCUCAAAGAAGUAUGGAAUACGAUCGCAUACGUCUAAGUUUUUAAAGGAAAAGAAAAAAGUAACCUUGAACUGUGGACCUAAUGGCGUUUAAGUAUCAGAUUUCUGGUCGAUGAGGAUGUUCACUGGCAAGCCACAAGCAAGACAUUAAAGAUUUUCAAAGCAUCUCGCCAUAGCUUCUAACAUGGAAAAACAUAAUGUUCGGAAGACCUUGUAUGAGGAGACAGCACUGUCUCUGUGUGAUCUCAGCUGCGGUUCUGAUGAUGGGCUUUGUGAAGUGCACAACUGCCCGGUUACACAUUAGUUUGAUUGCCAGUUUGCUCUGUUCGAAGUGAGCUUUGAAGCAUAUCUCGAGAUGAAAGCCAAACUUCUCCAGCGAGUCCAUUGUAGUUGGGAUUCCAUAUUUGCUUCAGGCACAAUGAAGACCUUCAAUAAUCCUCCAAUACUGGCAUGAACAUAAUAUAUAAUUUAUCACACAAUGCACUGCGUUCUACAGCCUAAUUCAGGGGCACUAUUUGUUCCCUUGUUGACAGACUCUGUGGUUCAUCCAUAUUUUUUUCUUUGAGGUAAGCCUUUGAUGCAUUCUGUGCACUUUGAUAGCAAGACUGCCUGUUGUGUUGAAAUAUUUCCCUAAUGUUCGUGUGUCUUAAACUUGAUAGAAGUAAUAUGAGAGGUCACUAAAACCCCUGCAGU